AGAUAUUAAAGGAAAUGGCACACAGGUGUUCAAACUUCUCAACUCUCGUUCUGCUUGAAUUGGGGGAGGAGCGACAGCCUGCAUCCCCUGUAAAAUCCUUCCAUUUCGCUCUGUCCUAGAUGUCACAGAUCUUCACAGCAUCAAGGAAGCUGCCAAUAAAGUAGAAGAGUAUAUGGCAGGGUGUGGCCUCACCCUGCUCAUAAACAAUGCCGGCAUUGCUUGUGAAACUACUCUGGACUCCGAGAAUGCCCAGAGUAUGGCAGCCGUGUAUGCCACCAACACCACUGGGCCCAUGCUGGUGUGUCAGGCAUUCUUGCCUUUGCUUAAGAUGGCUGCCCAGAGAAGCAGCCACAAUGGGAUGAGCUGCAUCAAAGCGGCUGUGGUCAACAUGUCCAGCAGCUAUGGCUCCAUCUCGGUUAUUGAUGGGUGGGAAUGGAAGGAAGACAUUGGCUAUCGCUGCAGCAAGGCUGCUUUGAACAUGCUGACACGCUGCCAGGCACUGGGCUACGGCCCCUGGGGGAUCCUGUGUAUCGCUAUCCACCCUGGAGGAGUGAAAACCCACCUGGGAGCAGAGCAGGGAGUACUGACUGUGGCCGCCAGUACGAGAGGAAUCUUACAGGUGCUUUCCAGCCUCUCUGCCAAGGAUAAUGGGGCCUUUCUAAACUGGGAAGGACAAAUUGUCCCAUGGUGAGGAGAAGAGAGGGAGGCAGAAGAUGGGACGCUCCCGUAAGUCCUGAGAAGGAACCCAGAGUCUUGCAAGAGGUGGGAAGAGCCACAGUUUGUGUUCUUCUGCUCAAAGUGGAAGGCAAUUAAAGGAGUUCUUGGAUUAGA